AUGUCUGGCUCAGAAAACAUAGCAGUGCGCUCGGAAGAGUCUGCAAAGAAUAGCACUCAGUCCUACUCAUCAGAGGCACAAGCGCCGUUGGCGAGUCACACCAAUCCCAACUCGAGGCCCGGUAUUACAUUUGCCCACCAGGACAGCCUUCCAAAGCUACCUAUCCCGGAGCUCGAUAGCUCAUGCAAGAAGUACCUUGCCGCCCUCAAGCCAUUACAGUCGCCAAAGGAACACAGCGACACGAUACAUUCAGUAGAAGACUUUCUCAAGUCCGAUGGUGUUAUUCUGCAGGAAAAACUGAAAAAGUACGCGAAUGGAAAGGCCAACUACAUUGAGCAGUUCUGGUACGAUUCGUAUCUCAACUUCGACAACCCGGUGGUACUUAAUCUAAAUCCAUUUUUCUUACUGGAAGACGACCCCACCCCUGCUCGCAACAACCAGGUCACUCGUGCAGCCUCGUUAGUGGUCUCGGCCUUGUCUUUUGUCAGGGCUGUCAGAAGAGAGGAGCUGCCGCCUGACACCAUCAAGGGUCAGCCACUAUGCAUGUACCAAUACUCGCGACUGUUUGGUACAGCCAGAAUACCAACAGAGAAUGGAUGCCAGAUAGGUCAGGAUCCAACCUCAAAGCACAUUGUUGUCAUGUGCUACGGCCAGUUCUAUUGGUUUGACGUCCUGGACGAUAACCAUGACCUGAUCAUGACUGAGAAGGAUAUUGCUCUCAAUUUGCAAGUUAUUGUUGAUGACGCGCAAGAAAUUCCCAUCCAGGAUGCUGCAAAAGGAGCACUGGGUGUGCUCAGUACCGAGAAUCGAAAGGUCUGGGCUGGCCUACGCGACGUAUUACACAGGGAAGAGGGAUCAAACAACUCCGACUGUCUGAACAUUGUCGACUCGGCCCUCUUUGUGUUAUGUCUGGACUACACCGAGCCACAGACUGGCGCUGAUCUCUGCAUGAACAUGCUCUGCGGAACUAGCAAGAUUGAGCGCGGUGUUCAAGUCGGUACAUGCACGAACCGUUGGACCAUCAACGGCAGCGCACCCAGUCUCUGGGCCUCGUCUAGCCCAGACCCAGCGAAACGCGACCCAGAAAGCUUUGGAGAUGUGCAGACAACGCCGCACAAACUCGAAUGGGACAUGUUGCCUGAACUGAGUACAGCCCUGCGGUUUGCCGAGACACGUCUGGCAGACCUGAUCCAACAGAACGAGUUUGCCACUCUCGAGUUCCCACAUUAUGGUAAGAACUUUAUGACGUCCAUGGGCUUCUCGCCCGAUGCUUUCGUCCAGAUGGCGUUUCAAGCAGCCUACUACGGAUUAUACGGAAGGAUAGAGUGUGUCUACGAGCCCGCCAUGACCAAAAUCUACUACCACGGCCGCACAGAAGCCAUCCGCUCCGUCACCGAAGAAUCCGUCGAAUUCCUCAAAACCUUCUGGGGCGAGAACCCCGCAGCGCAAAAAAUCGAGGCCCUCCGCAAAGCGUGCCAGAAACACACUGAAAACACUAAAGUGUGUUCAAAAGCCCAAGGACCAGACCGCCAUCUCUACGCCUUGUACUGCAUUUGGCAACGCGCCAUUGACGAAUCCCAAGAUUUCGCCAGCAGCGACGGCUGGGACUCUACCCGGCCCUCAAGCCCAGACGCCUCAUCCCCAAAUCGCAACUCGCUCCUCUCAGAAACGGGUUCCAUCUCCAGCUCCCCGCCACCACAACAUCAACAACAAGUCCAACACUCGAUGCCCGCCCUCUUCGCCGACGCCGGCUGGGACAAAAUCAACACCACCAUCCUCUCCACCUCAAACUGCGGAAACCCUUCGUUGCGCCAAUUCGGUUUCGGUCCCACGUCCGCCGACGGCUUCGGCAUCGGCUACAUUAUAAAAGACGGCAGCAUCUCCAUCUGCGCAUCGUCAAAGCACCGCCAAACAUCCCGCUACAUCGACGCGCUGGAAUCCUAUUUCCUCGAGAUACGCAAGCUACUCCGGCAAAUCAAGCGUAGCAGAGGCGCAUCGUCGGAGUCGCGGACGCAUUAUCCUAGGUGA